AUGCUGAACUUUUCGCUGCCUUGCAGUUCCUUGUGCAUCCCCAAGGAUACGCUCACCAAGACUCCAACGGAAAGCCCAACCAUGCGGCAAACCAGGAAGCCUUCUGCAAGCCCAACUAGAAUCCCUACUGUCGGUCCUACUGAAGGGCCGACAGGUCGCCCGACGGAGGGGCCCACCUUCCGUCCCACAGAGGAACCCACUAGCAUUCCAACAUCGUCCCCGACAACAAAGCCAACAAAAGGUCCCACAUCCAAGCCGACUUCUUCACCAACUGCUCGCCCUACGGCGAAACCAACGGAAGGUCCGACUGCCCGGCCCACGGAGGGACCGACUGCAGGUCCCACAAGUCGCCCUACGUCCAAGCCCACCGAUAGCCCCACAGAGAAUCCAACGUCCCGCCCAACGGAG